AUGCUCCGGUGUGAGUCCCCGAGCCCCCCACCAGCAGCUUUCCCCAUUCUUCCUGGGACCACCUGGGGCUGGAGACAGCCUCUGAGGGAGACCCCAGUGCACCAAAGGGGCUCAGGGGCUGCACUGCCCCCCUCCGAUGCACAGGCUGAGUAGGCACCAGCACUUGCCAUAAGAGCUGAAGGGGGUGGCACGGUGGGGGAUGGCCAUCCCCCGCCCCUGUCCCAGUCCACUCCCUGCCUCAGCAGAUGCCCGACUACAAGCGUGCUACGCUGCAGGAGGAUGAGGGGCCGGAGCCAGCGGGGGACGGCAACGCCUCUCCCGACAGUGUGGAGGUGGGGUUUCGGAAGGGGCCGGGGCCGCUGCUGAGCCGCCUGGCCUCCCGCAGCCAGCUGGAGCUGGUGCUCUGCGCCCUCGCCGUCUCCCUGGCCCUGCUGCUCAGUGUUGCUGUUGUCGUCCUGGCCAUCCAGUACCGCCGAGAUCCCUCUCACAGCACGUGCCUGACGGAUGCCUGCGUCCGGGUGGCCAGCAAGAUCCUGGAGGCCCUGGAUGCAGAGAUGGACCCGUGCCAGGACUUUUACCAGUACUCAUGUGGGGGCUGGAUCAAGAGGAACCCAUUGCCCAAUGGGCGCUCCAAGUGGAGCACCUUCAACAGCAUCUGGGACCAGAACCAGGCCAUCAUGAAGCAUCUCCUAGAGAACACCACCUUCAACUCCAGCAGCGAGGCUGAGCGGAAGACGCAGCGAUACUACCUGUCCUGCCUCAAGGAGCAGAGAAUAGAGGAGCUGGGCUCCCAGCCUCUCAUGGAGCUCAUUGACAAGAUCGGGGGGUGGAACAUUACUGGCUCCUGGAACCAGACCAGCUUCAUGGAGGUCCUCAAGAUGGUGUCAGGCACAUACCGGGCAACCCCCUUCUUCACCGUGUAUGUGGGUGCAGACUCCAAGAGCUCCAACAGCAACAUCAUCCAGGUGGAUCAGUCGGGGCUUUUCCUCCCAUCCCGGGACUACUACCUGAACAAGACGGCAAAUGAGAGGGUCCUGGCAGCAUACUUGGACUACAUGGUGGAGCUGGGCACACUGCUGGGGGGAGCACCGGAGCCCACCCGCCUCCAGAUGCAACAGGUACUGGAAUUCGAAACCCAGCUGGCCAACAUCACUGUGCCCCAGGCUGAGCGGCGGGAUGACGAGAAGAUCUACCACAAGAUGAGCAUCACCGAGCUGCAGGCUCUGGCCCCUGCCAUCGACUGGCUGGAUUACCUGUCCUACGCCCUGGCCCCAGUGGAGCUGGCUGACACGGAGCCCGUGGUGGUAUAUGGGGACAUGUACCUCCAGCAGGUCUCUGACCUCAUCAAUGGCACCGACAAGAGCAUCCUGAACAACUACCUGAUCUGGAACUUGGUGCAGAAGACGGCCUCCAGCCUGGACCAGCGCUUCGAGACGGCCCAGGAGAGGCUGCUGGAGACACUCUAUGGCACCAGGAAGUCCUGCACACCCCGCUGGCAAACCUGUAUCUCCAACACGGAUGACACACUGGGAUUCGCUUUGGGCUCCCUCUUUGUCAAAGCCACCUUCGACCGGGACAGCAAGGCCAUCGCUGAGGAGAUGAUUAGUGAGAUCCGGGCAGCCUUCGAGGUGUCCCUGGACCAGCUGGACUGGAUGGAUGAGAAGACCAGGCAAGCUGCAAAGGAGAAGGCAGAUGCCAUCUAUGACAUGAUCGGCUUUCCUGACUUCAUCCUGGACAACAAGGAGCUGGACGAUGUCUAUGAUGGGUACGAGGUCUCAGAGGACUCCUUCUUCCAGAACAUGCUCAACUUCUACAACUUCUCUGCCAAAGUGAUGGCUGACCAGCUCCGGAAACCCCCCAACCGUGACCAGUGGAGCAUGACCCCACAGACUGUCAACGCCUACUACCUGCCCACCAAGAACGGGAUCGUCUUCCCCGCUGGCAUCCUGCAGGCUCCCUUCUAUGCCCGCAACCACCCCAAAGCCCUUAAUUUCGGUGGCAUUGGCGUGGUGAUGGGGCACGAGCUGACCCACGCAUUCGACGACCAAGGUGGUGGCACCCGCCGAUACCUCCCCCCGGCUUCUCUGUGCAGCUUUCGCUCCAUCCGUGAGGACACGGUGUCUGCAGCCCAGGCCCCCUCCUCAUCCUCCUCCCUGCGGGGCACGGGAUGGGUCCCUCUCGCAUCCGCUCUGCUUUGCACCUUCACCGCAGCCCUGGAGCCAAGAUGGGGGAGGGAAUACGACAAGGAGGGCAACCUGCGGCCAUGGUGGCAGAACUCCUCGCUGGAGGCCUUCAAGAACCGGACGGCGUGCAUGACAGAGCAGUACGGCCACUACACCGUCCACCGUGAGAACGUCAACGGCCGGCAGACGCUGGGUGAGAACAUCGCUGAUAACGGCGGGCUCAAGGCAGCCUACAACGCAUACAAGUCCUGGCUGCAGAAGAAUGGGGAGGAGAAGCGCCUGCCAGCCCUGGGGCUCACCAACCACCAGCUUUUCUUCGUGGGCUUUGCGCAGGUGUGGUGCUCUGUCCGGACACCCGAGAGCUCCCAUGAGGGGCUGGUGACCGACCCCCACAGCCCAGACAAGUACCGCGUCAUUGGCACCCUCAGCAACUCCCGGGACUUUGUCGAACAUUUUGGUUGCCCCCUGGGCUCCCCCAUGAACCCCGGCAAGCACUGUGAGGUGUGGUAGGGAGGGGGAGGGUGGUGGAAACAGAGGGGAUGAUGCCUGGCUGUGCCCCCACCCCUGCCCCCUCAGACCCCGCUGGCUACCUGAGCUGACCCGUGAGCAGAGUGCAGGGCCACUGCCCGGACCACCCUCCAUCGCGUCCCCCCCUGUGCACGCACCACAAGCCGCCUCACCCCACCUCUGCCCCCCUGCCACGAGGCACCCACUGCAGCCCCCAUCCACAGCCUGGGGCUGGGCACGGCUGGCAGAGAAGUCGCAUCACCCCCCAAACGCAUCUCUGCCCCCCAACCCUGACAUGCUAGAGACGGGCACAGCUCAGCUCCCCCAGCGCCACAUCUCCCCCUGGGUGGGCAGGUUGGAGGGGUCCCAGGGAGAGCACUAGAGCCAAACCCCCCCUGUUCCUGUCCCCUGACCUGCUGGAGAGGAAGGCCAGGGAACACUGCUCUUCCCUCACCACCUCCCAGUCCGGCUUGGCUUCCCCAUCCACCUCUGCUGGGACCAGUGGGCGGCAGCAGGGAUCUGGUGCCUUCAGCUGCGGGUGGCUGUCGCUGAAUUUAUUUAACGAGUAAAAGCAGUUUCCACUUA